UCAUGAAGGAAAUUAUAAGGUGAACGUUCCGGCCGUGCUAUUUAAAUUUUAAUAUUUUCAAGGUUCGGUAUAUCAAAAUUUUUCGUUCAAAAUGUGCGAUCCCGAUGAAACUAAUAACAAGAAAAUAACGAACAUCAUGGGCCCUGUCCAGUUCCCUGAAAAAGAGGAAGAUUCUGGCGAUGAAGAUUUGGAGAGGCCAAAACUCCGGCUAGAUAUGAGCGGAAAUAGAGACCCCAUAGCUGAAAAGAGGAAAAAAGAUCAAGCCGUAAAACCGUUGCCGUUCAUAUGUAUUUGCAAACCUAGCAUUAUUAUUGAACCUACAAUCAGUGCACGCACAAAUGUUAAAUACAUCAAUACUGACACCUGUGAUGAGAAUGCUGUUCCCCACGUGAAGCCGAAGCCCUACGAAUAUCCGCCGACGAAGAAAUUCCUGCGACUUCAGAAGCAGAACAAGACCAAUUUGACGGAAGAUUUUUGCAACUGGCCCUUUGUCAACGUCAAUAAACCUCUGGCGAAGACUAAACUGGACCUUGAUUUCGACGUGCCAUCGCCUGAACCGAGUAAGGCUAAAGUAAAACCGUUGAAAACCUGCCCGUCAUUGAGUUUGUUGUAUCCUGCUCCUCAAUUGCCCGAUCAAUUGGAAGCCAAAAAGCCGAAAUCCGGAACAUUCAUAAACGAGCCGCAGAAUGAAAACGCUUUCGAAGAUUACGACAGCUUCGAUUUGCUUUAUAAGAAAAAACCCAGACCUCCCUGGCCGUCUGUAGACGAAUGCACAACUGGCAAAGUUGGCAAUUUGGGCCCCUGUCCGUGUAAGCCAAAAAGCAAGAAAAGCAAAACUAAAGAGGACGAUACCAACAGGUGCAUAGAACCUGGAGCAGAAGAGGAAGAGGUGCCUCUGACCAAAUUUCUAAAAAGACACGUUUCUUUGCUAUCCGCGACGACUUCGUACAACAGCAAAGACUACCCGGGCCCCGAAGAGGACGAAUUCCCGCCGGGCGUCGCCAAAAUCCUGCAAAAAUUCAAGCGCGAAUCGGACAUCAAGAGAUUCGGAGCCCACAGGAGGAAAUUCAAACGGGGCACCUUGCAAAGUCAUUCGCUUACUGACGUUUGUCAGCCCACUCUGAAGGACUUCUUCUUUGGAUCCAAAGAAGGCACCAUGCACCAAGGAGAUGAGAGUUUUCCCGAUAGAAUAAGAGACAAGCAGGGAGUUUGCAUGCCAGUAGCAGCUUUCUGCUAUUCUAUCCUGAAGCACCCCAAUAAAUGGACCAGGGAUAACGUAGAUGACGUUUUAACCUUCGGUAAUAAUCUACUGAACGAAUCGUUAAAUGAAGCCCACGUUCACAAUCUCCAAAGAGUGGUACCCAUUAAUGUGCUAAGGAAAUAUAUUACUAUAGGCGACAAAAAGUUGCGUUUCCAUAUAGGCGAGCCGGACAUAGCUGGUUACAUCAGAUCCGAUGAUAAAAUCGUUUACAAUAUCACAAAGGCGCUGAAUAUAUUCUUCCACAGGCACAAUUCGGGUAUACUGAAAACCAAACACUUUGCCAUAGGCCUUUGGAAGCAAAAAUAUUACUACAUGUUCGACGCAAGGGCCAGAACCAAAGACUUGUAUUAUAGUCCUGGCGGUGCGGCUAUAAUGGCAGUAUUUUACGACGUUGCAUCAUUGGCCACGAUUCUUCUAACUCGAUCGAAUUUCGGCAAUUGGCCUUUCGCUAUUCACCCUUUGAAAGUCUAUCGGGUCAUACCGGCGGAAGAUGAGGAAGUCGAUUCCCAAAUAGGACUGAACAUUCGAAGCGAGUACAACAUUCUGAACGAAAACAAAGCGGUGGUGCUGGGUUCGUUUGACUUAGGCGACAAAUGUUUCGACUUCACCAGGUACAAGCAAUCGCUCACGAUGUCGGUGAUAGCUUUGGUUUAUUCGCGAUUGACUCCGCCGAGUGCGUGGCACAGGAAAACCGUGGAUAAAAUCCUGGUGAUUGGAAAUCUGCUCUAUCGAGAAGCUCUUUGCUGUACGAACGUCGACGAGGUGAAACUGGAGCACAUUCCUGCUAUUUUCACUGUAGGACCUUACAUAGUUGAAAUUUACAUCUACGCGAGUGUUUUCGCCGACGUUAUAUUCAGAAACUGCGUGUGCCAAUUGCAAUGUUGCUUGGAGGUGUUUUUCACCAAAUGUACCAACGGCAUUCUUCAGUUUGGUAAAUGUCAUUUAGCAGUAUGGAAGCAGCGAAACAUGUUCUACUGCUUCGAUCCGUAUUCGCGUGAUAACGAAGCCUACAGGACCAGAGAUGGAUGCGCUUGCGUUUCCAUGCAUUCCACUUUGGAAUCCUUAAUCGAAACUAUCGUUCACAAUUUCGACAAAGACGCGAUUUUCUACAUACACGCUUUGAAAGUGUGCAAAAUCCAUCGCGACCCCGUGCAAACGCACGUGUUUCCGAAGCACCUUUGCAUGGACGAAUUCCCCCUGGACUGUUUCAGACGCUACAAGAUGAAGAAGUCGAAGAAGAAGGCAACAGAAAAACCGGUGACUGUCGAUUAUUCGGCAGUGGCCAUGAGAAGGUUGUUAGCAGGCGAAAGCCCAAAUGCAUCCAUCGUUGAAAUUGGAUCGCACGUGGAAAGUUUAGCAUUGGAACAACUCAACGCGCUGAUGAAGAAGUGCCCUUCGAAAACCUGCGUUUGCUUCCAUCCGCAACCUAUUCCAGAUAUUGCAGAUUUAGAUUCGCCCAGUUUACAAGAUACACAAAUUGAACCGUCUUUGCCUCAACAAAUUGACGAAGGUAUAGAAUUCAUGGAUGUGGAUUCCUUUGGACCCACCAUGGACGAAUUGGAAAUGGAAGGCGAAGGAGAAGGAGAAGAAUACGGCGAAUAUGAAGCGCUUGUGGAAGGAAUGUUCUUGGACGAAAAAGAAGGUGAAGGCGAAGGUGAAGAUUGGUACUAUGGUAAAACUGGUUAUUCGCAGUACGAUUUGGCUGGUAAAAAAACAUCAGCACAGAUCAACACGGAGAUUACCUACUUCCCCAUCAAGCGAGACAUCCUCUACCCGACAUGCCUGAAGGGCAAGCAAGCGAUGAAGAAACGGCUCGAACGAAUGAAGUACAAGGACGAUUGGGAGAACUAUCUACCGCCCUGUCCGCCGACCGUGACCCAGUCCCAGGAACUCAGGUUCAACACGAACUUCGCCAAAUUGCCCGACAACUCCGAGAUCAUUUUGGGCACCAAGAACUUGGUGGGCGCGAUGAUCGGCAGCGACGUGCCGAUCGAAUACGUAGCGCCUUUCAUCUGCAUCAUGGCAGACGUGGUCGCCAAGAAGUACACCAUAUUGACGUGGACCACGGAAAUCGUGGAUUACGUUUUGAAAUGCGGCAACGAGCUGUUCGGUGCUGCCAAGCUUCGAUACGAUCAGGUGUCCAAAUUGGAAAUACCGAAGAUAACUUUGGGAUCCACUGUGUUUGCGGUUCUUGUUGAAUACGUUUUCGACAAUUACACCAAAGCGACCACUUUGGAAUUAGCCUUGGAUAAAAUACUAUUUGUAAGAUCUAAUUUCGGUGUGAUAGUUACGCCGGCGUAUGCUUGUGCAGUGAUGUUUAGAAAUCACCUGUAUUAUCUGUACGAUCCUUAUGGUAACAACGAACUAGGUCACAGCGAAGGACUGGGUAAAAAUGGUGUGGCCGUUUUCGCUCGAUUCAAAGACAUCCAUUCAUUGGUAACAAGAAUAUUGUUCAACAAGCGGAAAAGAGAAAACAACGAAGACAUUGCGUAUAGUAGAUUUGUAGUGAGCACUGUAAAGGUAAGAGAAAUUAUCGAUUACGCUGGUGAGAAAUACAAAAAGAAAGAGGAAUCUAAGAAGAAGCCCAAACCCGAAGUUAUUUGCGUUGGAGCAGACGAAGAACCUGCAUCCAGGAAGCCUGAAAACAGAGUAGGUUACUACUUUGAAGACGGAAUGUGGAUACUUCCGGGUACGAAAGUUUUGACUAACAAAUCAGAAGUUUGCGAAGAUUUGAAAGAAGAUCAUUUCAUAUGCAUAUGUGCUUGCCUUAUGCUGUUUACUACUCCAAUUGAAAAAUGGUCCACGAAGAAAGUCAAUUCAGCUUAUUGUAUCGGGAAAAACGUUUAUUGUCAUGCUGAAAGUUUGCUUAUCGUCGAGAAAAGGUAUAUAAGAAAUAUUUUAAUCGAGAAGAAUUUCUUUGAUGUCAUUGUUAAAAAGUUGGAAACGAGUACUAGAGGAGAACUGUGUGCAGCGGUAGAAAGUGUGGUAGCCAGAAGAAUUCACUAUUUCAUGGUGCAAUUUCCUAACGCCUGCUACCUCAUACAUCAAAGCCCCGAUGGUGUUUUUCACUUUUUCGAUCCGUACGGAGUCAGCGAUGGCAAACCGGCCGGUUGGAUAAAGUGCUGCAACGUGCACGAAGUCGAAUGUAAAUUAAUAAAUCGAAUAUUAGAAGGAUGCGAAUGUUUCUCGUUGUUCAACUUCGACGUAAUGAGAAUAUCGAAGGCUCCGAGGAGCGUUAUUCUUAGUUACAAACUGGAGUUGUUCGAUAUGAAACCAAAACCGCCCAAGAAAGAAAAAUUGGGCAGAGCCUUCUACGAAGACUCCGAUUGGCUGGAUAUGGAUCCUGUAGCGUGGUCGAGAAUGAACCAAAGGGCUGCUAACGGCAAUUUGCGUGGAACGAUUGAAAACAUGUGGUACAAUUGGGAUAUCGAAUAUCCCGAUGAUUUAUGGUCGUUAUUAGGAAACAUUAAUCAACGUAAUAUCAAAUUCUCCGAUGCAAGCAGAGGAAAACAGACUUUGGCGAAUUUGGUAGUAGCCGUUGGUAUGAUUAGAAUAUACGAAUUGACCGAGUGGAAUUCGGCCGUUGUCGAUUCUGUUUUGGUUAACGGAGAAAAUUACUUUUUGCAAUGUCUGGGAGAUAAUAAGCAAGAAAAUUACGAGUUGGGCAUGGACGAUUUAAAACCCGAUUGUUCGAUAUUUCCCUUUCAAUUCACAGUCGAAUGGUCUCCUGUCGUUGAGGGCACUAUGUUCCUGGUUAGACCGUCUCAGUUUAACUUAUACAAAGCUCUCAGAUCGUUCUUUGCGAACGUUAACUGUCGCUCUGGAAUCGUCUUGUUAACAAAAUGCCAAAUGAAGAGGCAAGUGGCAUUCGGGAAAAUUAAGGAAGCCGAGUAUUACGUGUUCGACUGCGAUUGUCGAGGGAAACCGAUGUUUGUCAAAGACCAAGAUGUCGCAUACAUUCUCCGUAUGACGAGCUUCCUGCGGCUGCUUCAUGUGCUCACUUUAAUUCUAAGAGGAGGAGAUUUUUACAUUUACGAUGUGGUUAUAGGCGAUAUGAAACCGAUGAGUUAGAGUUUGAAUGUGUUUUGUUUUUUCGAUAUGCUUGUGAUGUCUUUUGAUCAAUUUGAAUAAAUGUUAA